UGGCUUUGGCUAGGGUGUGUACAAUAGGAAUUUAAUGAUCCAAGAUUGAUGUGGAAAUCUUGUCGCCUCUUGCGAACAACAAUAUAUAUUUUACAGCUAUUCAAAAUAAUCAUAUUGUACAAUCAUCUGCAGACGGAUGUGUAUUUAGUGGUCGAAUAGCAGGACUUCAUGUAUUGCAGAACAGCUUAGUGUCUCCAAUACAAUCACUGUAUUGGUUCGGGUGAGCGUCGUGGCCUCUGUGCCUCUUGUUGAACUGAUGUCAACAGUACAUAAUAUACAUUUACAGGAUUUUUGUAUGUAGAGCGUGACGUUAAAGUUGAAUCUGAGAGUAGAAGCAUGUGUCAUGAGAAUUGGGGUUUAACGAGCUAGGGUUACAUAACUUCGUUAUAAAAUGUAGACCUCCGUCUUCAGUACAUGCGCGGAGCACAUGCAUGAGAGGUAUUUUUUGUAUUUACAAUAGCAUAUCAAUAAAAGAAGAGAAUUUAGCCACAGGGUUUACAAGUAUCCCGAGAUUUAAACAUUGUAUUAGAUAUCAUUGUUUAAUGACCGUGUCGUCUGCAGUGGAAUGACUUGCAGACGACACUAGAAUUAAACUUCACGGUAGACAUCACGAUACAGUGUCUCAUUGGAUGGAUUGGAUGCUGGUAGUACUGAGUAACUGACUGACAGGGAUAGAGAGAGGAAACAUCUGCUGUAACACUGACUGGGAUUUCUACAGGUGUGACUUUAACUUGACUGACGAGAUGUGAUUUAAAAUGACGUCACAAUGAGCAAAAAGAAGUACUCUCUGAACGGACAGCUGGAGCCGAUAACGACCCAAAGGGACCCGGAUAUAGACCAAAUUCCGGCUCCUCAGCAGCCCCGCUCAAAGGAAGAGAUAGCGCUGGCCAAAUUCAAGUUAAAAAUACAAGACCUGAUAAAGCCAGACCACGAUGAUGUUUACCUACGGAGAUGGUUAAAAGCACGUUCUUAUGACGUAGACAAGGCGGAGCAGAUGUACCGAGCGAGUAUGGCAUUCCGUGAGAAGAUGCACGUUGAUACAAUUUUACAGAAAUACCAGCAACCAGAGGUGCUUCAGAAGUAUCUAACCGGGGGGUUUUGUGGUCACGCUAAGGACGGGUCUCCCGUGAGGAUAGAACCGUACGGUCGGCUGGAUAUGAAGGGCAUUAUGUGCUCUGUGAAGAAGUCGGACUUGGAGAAGGCCAAGAUACAACAGUGUGAGAGGACGCUUAGAGACUGGAAGGCGGAAAGUAAGAAGCGUGGAUACCGUGUUGAUGGAUUGACGGUCGUGUUCGACAUGGCGGGAGUCAGUACAAAAAUGCUAUGGCGACCAGGUCUAAAGAUGUAUCUUCAUUUAGUCAAAGUACUGGAAGACAACUACCCAGAAAUGAUGCGAUAUCUUUUGAUAAUAAAUGCGCCAGGAAUAUUUCCACUAUUGUAUAAGAUGUGUCGUCCAUUGAUCAGUGAGGAUAUGAAAAAGAAGAUUCACGUUAUUGGAGGUGAUUAUAAAGAGUAUCUACUGAAGUAUAUUGACGCCACUAAUCUACCCGUGUGUUAUGGCGGUGCCUUGACUGACCCUGAUGGAGAUCCAACCUGUAGAACAAUGAUUUGCUAUGGCGGAGAGGUUCCAAAGCAUUAUUACCUACAAACCGCCGAUUUUCAAGAACAGAUGCAGUCGGCAGUGAUACCAAGGGGCGAAAAACUCAACAUUGACGUCCAAGUGGAUCGCAAAGGGAGUAUAUUGAAGUGGGAAUUUAGGACGGAGGACUAUGAUAUAGGAUUUGGUGUAUUUUAUCAAAGCUCCAGCGGCAGCGUGCCAGUAGUACAGACGUCGCGUGCCAAUAGUCACGUGGUUUCCGAGGAUGGAAGUUAUAUCUGUGAUGAAUUGGGAACAUAUACACUAUGCUUUGACAACUCCUUCAGCUGGACAAGAAAUAAGAGAAUAUAUUACAGUGCUGAGGUGAUGUACGCUGACGACAGUCUAAUCACCACAGAAAUCAAUAGCCUGAUCGAACAAGGCGACUGGGAGACUCUGUCACAGAGAUAUGAAACCACACAUUUAUAAUCAAAAUGAUGAUAGCACGGCAUUUAAGGCAGAUGCAACAUUCAAAAUCAAAAAGAUAUUGAGCAUGGUCUCUAAGGCAUAUGCGAUAUCUAUAAUCAAAACAAUUCAUUAGGAUGGCCUCCAAGGCAGAUGUGUCACGAAAUGUGGCUUUUGGUUGAUGAAAUUGACCUUAUUGCAUGCUUCUGCAUGUAUUUGUUCCAUGUGAUGUGUUUUGUCUAGUAUUUAUGUUUUGUCGUUUAUCCUGUUAAUAGCAAUUUGUAUGUCUUAUCGAAGACACAAUGGAGUAAAGGGAUCUUUUAAGUUUAGAUGAACUCACUAGAUGAAGUAUUCAAUACUAUAUCAUAUUUAGUAUGUAUAGAGUUAUUUUACUCCGUGGGUUUUUUUUUUUUUCGACCUCAUACAUUUGCAAACGGUUUCGCCCUGUUUUGAAUAUCGAUUGGCUGAUUGAUUGCAUAUUGUUUAAAGUCUCUCCUGAGGAUUUUAACUCAUGUGGAGUCGUUGUUUUUUAAUAAUCUUAGACACAAAAAAGUUGUAAGAAUUAUGGUCCACGAAUUUUUAAUUCGCCCAUCUUUUAAUUCGCCUACUGACAACGAGGAAGAACGGGGCGAAAAUAAAAUGGGAGCAAAUAUUUCCUGUAAUCAGUAAGCCAGGGGAUAUAUGAAAGGUUGUUGUUUCAGUCGGAGAACAGACUACUUUCUGGCAUCAUUUCAAACGACAAGCAUUGCCACACUAGACCAUAAGUAUACAUUUAGUGGUGUUGUUUUAACACUUGCUUUUGUUAAUGUACACAAAAGGUGGAUCAUUUACAAAGUAAUCAUUUUAUCUACCUCUUUCAACACGUAUUCAAUCAAUUAUUCAAAAACCUAAAUCUAUAAAUCCUACAAUGAUCUAACGAUCACAAAUAUUUAUGAUUUUUUUUUUCAAAUUCCUUCGUACCUGCUGACGGAAAAUUAAGCAUUUUCGCAGAAAAUUUUAUCAAAUCCUACAGCAUCCAUAUCAGUGUCAUUCAAUUUCGUUUGUAACAAGCAAUGUGAUUGGUCGAUCAACAUACUCAUUAAACUUUUCAAUAACGUGUUAGUUUAACAUUCAUCCCAACACCGUUAUUUAGACUUUGUCAAAUAUUUAAGUAUGUAGAUGUAGACGUUAACGUGAUGUUGUAAACCAAAAAUUAUACUUUACUCUUAGAAUCGUUCCUUAAAUAAACCAAGUUUAUCAAUGUAUUACCUGUUGUCGUAUGGAAAUGUUGUAUUCGCAAGUACUGGUUCAUUGUGUCUCUGUAUUACCGCUCUGUAUUAUUUAUAUCGUCCAAUGUCUUCAUUAUCGGAGCUGAAAUUUAAUUUCUUUCAUUCAUAAUAUUCUUUCAUGACCAGUAUGUUUAUACUGAAAUGAAACGCAGUAACAUAUGUUUACCCGUCUUUAAUAUUUCAAACAAAGCCGUUAUUAUCAGUAAAUAUUGCAUAUCAUGUUGUUCAUGCACGUGUAUACAUAUAGUCCAAAGUUUGAUUAAAACAUUGCACUAA